AGAGGCCCAGAGCUGGGCAGCAGGAAGGUACUCGAGGAGCCAAACAGCCUGGACAGUGUCUCAAGAGACAGCAGACCCUUACGCUGCACGGCCACAGACCCCAGCACCCCAGCAGCAAGUGGGACCCCAGGAACGCUAGCCAACGUGGGACACAGAAAGCCCUCCGUCAACCACCCCGAUGGCCACAACAGAGGACCUGCCCCUCCCUCCACCCCCAGCCCUGGAGGACCUGCCCCCGCCACCACCCAAGGAGUCCUUCUCCAAGUACCACCAGCAGCGGCAGGCCAGCGAGCUGCGGCGUCUCUACAGGCAUAUCCACCCCGAGCUUCGCAAGAACCUGGCCGAAGCCGUGGCUGAGGACCUGGCUGAGGUCCUGAGCUCCGAGGAGCCCACCGAGGGGGACGUCCAGUGCAUGCGGUGGAUCUUUGAGAAUUGGCGGCUGGAUGCCAUUGGGGACCACGAUAGGCCACCUGCCAAGGAGCCGGUGCACAGUGGUGAUGUCCAGGCCACCUCCCGCAAGUUUGAAGAAGGUUCCUGGGCCAAUGGCGCAGACCAGGAGCCAGCUGAAGCCCGGUCGUUGGGCGGGGAUGUGCGCGCAGCCCGCAGGCUGUUUGAGACAAAACCACUGGAUGAGCUGACAGGCCAGGCCCAGGAGGCACCCGAGGCCACAGCCAGGGAGCCACCGGCCAGUGGGGAUGUCCAGGGCACCAGGAUGCUCUUUGAGACACGGCCGUUGGACCGCCUGGGCUCCCGCCCCUCCAUCCAGGAGCAGAGCCCCUUGGAGCUGCGCUCGGAGAUCCAGGAGCUGAAGGGCGACGUGAAGAAGACCGUGAAGCUGUUCCAGACGGAGCCGCUAUGCGCCAUCCAGGAUGCAGAAGGUGCCAUCCAUGAGGUCAAGGCUGCCUGCCGGGAGGAGAUCCAGAGCAACGCCGUGAGAAUGGCCCGCUGGCUCUUUGAGACCAAGCCUCUGGAUGCCAUCAACCGGGACCCCAGCCAGGUGCGGGUGAUCCGGGGGAUCUCCCUGGAGGAGGGGGCCAGCACUGACGUCAGUGCAACUCGCUGGAUCUUUGAGACACAGCCCCUGGACGCCAUCCGGGAGAUAGUGGUGGAUGAGAAGGACUUCCAGGCGUCCCCAGACCUCAUCCCUCCCGGCCCGCACGUGCAGCAGCAGCGGCGUCUGUUUGAGACACGGGCGCUAGACACCAUCAAAGGGGAAGAUGAGGCUGGAGCAGAGGCACCCCCCAAAGAGGAAGUGGUACCAGGAGAUGUCCGCUCCACGCUCUGGUUAUUUGAGACAAAGCCCCUGGACACCCCCAAGGACAGCAUCCAAGUUGGACACCUGCAGCGUGUGGGCCCCCAGGAGGAUGAGGGGCUCCCGCCUGAGCAUCUAUCCCCCACCUGGGGUGCCCCUCAGAGGGAUGGGGUGAAGGGAGAUGUGAAGACCUUCAAGAACCUUUUCGAGACCCUCCCCCUGGACAGCAUCAGGGCAGAAGGAGCUGACACUGCCGAGAAGCCCCUGGAGGCAGGAGGGUCCCCAGUGUAUACCCUUCAGGAUGGCAAAGGUCACCUGCACGCCCUGACCUCUGUAAGCAGGGAGCAGGUGGUGGGAGGUGAAGUGCAAGGCUACAAGUGGAUGUUUGAGACACAGCCCCUGGACCGGCUGGGCCGAAGCUUAAGCACUGUGGACGUGGUGCGGGGCAUCACCCGCCAGGAAGUAGCAGCUGGAGAUGUGGCCACUGCCCGCUGGCUCUUUGAGACCCAGCCCCUGGAGGUAAUCCACCAGCAGGAGAGGCAGGAACGGCAGGAAGAAGAAGGGAAGAGGCAGGGUGGCCCCCAGUCUGAGGCGCCCCCAAAGGGAGAUGUGCAGACCAUCCGCUGGUUGUUCGAGACAUACCCCAUGAGUGAGCUGGCAAAGAAGCAAGGGUCAGGGAUCAUCACAGACCCUUCAAGAAAGGCCAAGGCCCAGUCUUGCACCUGGAUGUUCACACCUCAAUCCCUGGACCAUCCAGAAGAUUCUAGGGAGCAGCACCUACAAGUUAACCAGGUCCAGGUUGAGGGGAGACAGACAGACAGACAUGUCUUUGAGAAUGAGCCUCUGCAGGACUCAGACCACCCCUGUGGAAGGGGCCCAGUGCGCUACUGCAGCCGUGUGGAGAUCCCCUCUGGGCAGGUGUCCCGGCAGAAGGACGUCUUCCAGGCCCUGGAGACAGGCAGCAGAGAAGAGCAGGGGCCCAGGGUCCAUCCUGAGCCCAUCCCCACUGGCUCUGUGCACAAGUUCACCUGGCUCUUUGAGAACUGCCCCAUGGGCUCCCUGGCAGUGAAGAAUGUCCGAGGGGAUAGCCUCCAGGAGCAGCCGGUGGCCACUGCAGGCAGCAGAUUGCCAGAAAGGCAGGAGACGGCCGCUGAGGGGACUCUACGGAUUCUGCACACCACGCCUGGCAUCCUGCACCGAGGUGGCGUCCUCAUGGAGACCCGAGGCCCUGGGGAGCUCUGCCUCGCCAAGUAUGUGCUCCCCGGCCUGGGGCAAGGUGCGCCCCACAUCCGGAAGGAAGAGCUGGUGGAUGGCGAGCUGCCCAGGAUAGUCCGCCAGGUGCUGCAACGGCCCGAAGUGGCCCAGCAGGCGCUGCUGGUGCAGGAGGACCCAGCAGGUCAGCUCCGGCUCAAGCCCCUGAGACUGCCACCUCCAGGCAGCAGUGGAAAUAUGGAAGACUUGGACCCUGAGUUCCAGCAGUUGCUGGCCUGCGCCCUGGGAACCUCAGUGAUGCGGACGGGGCUGGUGAUGCAGGAGAUGGAGCAGGGCCUGGUGACACUGACCGCCUACUGCCUGCAGCCCCGGCCAAGCGGCAGCAGGGUCCCUGAGAGGAGCAGCGUGCAGCUGUUGGCCAGCUGCAUUGACAAGGGGGACCUGAGCGGCCUGCACAGUCUGCGGUGGGAGCCUCCGGCUGACGCAAGUCCAGCUGCAGCUAGCGAGGGGGCCCAAAAGCUGACCCCAACGGAAAACAUCAUCCAUGUGUCCCCACUAGACCCAGGCAUGGGGGUGGGGCAUCAGGGCAGCCCAGGGCCCUGCCCUCCACAGGCCAUCAGAAAGGCAGUGCCCCUGGCUGGGGAGGAAAAGCAGAAAAAUGGUGGCACUGGGCAGCUCCGGAAGCCAGAAGCAGCUGGGGCAGUACUCCCAGUGCCUGGGGCCCCAGAGCUCCAGACCACCACGUUGCGGGUGGCAACGGCAGGAGCCCCAAGCCUGCACCAGCAUGUUCUGGACCAGCACAAGCAGGGUCCCACCCCAGGAGCCACCUUCACGUCCUUCCAGAACAUUCUUCCACAAGCAGCGGUCACCACCACUGGCACUACCCAUACCAGGCCAGUAACUGGAGGUGACCCCAGGAUCUCACCAGCCCCCAGAAAGCUGCUGUGACAGGACCUGACUUGCAAGGCCGAGCCCAACACGACGCGGACCCCAUCGGCCAGGCCUCCAAACCCGCACAGUUCCCCACUCUCCACUCCCACAGCAGUCUUGCUGGCCUGAAAAUCCGUGAGGACCCAC